GGAGCCCAAAAGAGAAGUUGAGAGGGAGAGAGAGAGAGGGAAUGAGAGACGUGCUGUCAGAGUGAGAGCUGGAGGACAUGCAUCCAUUUCUACACAAUAUCAGACUAUCGCUACUUUAACCUUUACUCAUAUUCAGAUGCUACUUUAUGGCGCUUUUCUUCACAGGAGGCUAAUAAUGCUAAUUAACGCAACGGGUGGAUGUAUAUCCUGAAAUAUUAAACAGCGCACUAAAUGCUUUUCCCGCAAUUUAUUUUCUGCUUUUAUUUCGAUCCUUGUUCAGGUGUUAAACGCAACAGCUUUCGUCUGUUGGAGUCUCGUUUGAGAAAUAGCGGUUUAUACUUCUUGCAUUAAAAACCUUCAAUCUGGAAUCACUGCUUGACAACGGAGCGAAGAAGAAAUGCUGGCAUGAUUUUGACAACAUGAAAAAGAAAAAGUGUGGAUGAAUAUUGUUGCACUGCUUCUGAAAUCACCAUAUGAAGGUGGAGAUAGACUGACAGGAGAGAGAGUUGAGGAGCAGAGCACAAACAAACCUGCUGGAGCCUGGUUGCCAUGGAUCCCCCUCCCUCUCUGAGUCUGGCCCUUCUCAGCGGGAGCGAAGACGAAGAGCAACAUCUGCCCCUCCCUCUCAGUGGUCUUUCCCAUGCCUCCCUCUCUGGCAACUACCCUGGGACCAACCACUCGAAUCACACGGGAGGCAACAGCAGCCUGGAGCGUCUCAAUGGCACUCCGUCACCCACUACGCCAAACCUUCCCCCGGCAUCGCUGCCCAAGCUGCCCCUGUCCACGACACCCCAGCUGUCCACGCCAAUCCCCAACGCGCUCCACCCCACCAGCACGCCACUCUCCUCCUGCCUAGGCAGCCAACAUAGCCUAAGCGGGGAGACUUCACCCGUCUAUAACGCGCUGUUCUACUCCUCUCAUUCGCCUUCCACUGAGCGAGAGCAGAGGGAGAGGGAGCGAGAGAGGGGGUGUAAGCACAGGCAGGCCAGUCCCCUGGUGCACAGGCGGGACAGUAACCCCUUUACCGAGAUCGCCAUGAGCUCGUGCAAGUACAGCGGCGGCGUGAUGAAGCCGCUCAGCCGCCUCAGUGCCUCCCGCCGGAACCUCAUCGAGUCCGACAGCGGAAGUGACACCAAAGAGGGCGGGGCGAGCGCGAGCGCGAGCCAGGUGACCGCGGCCUCCUCUCAACACAGUCAAUCCCAAUCCCAGAACCCCCCAGAGAUCGUCAUCUCCUCAAAAGAGGAUCCGCCUUACGGACACGCUUACGAACUCGAGGCCUCGGCCAAUCAAAUGACCAUCUACCACCAGAACCACGCCCUCUCUGAGAGCAGGGGUGUGCUGGGGGGCGUGGCAGGGGGCGGGACUAAUGGAAGGAGGGGCGGUGCUGUCGUGGGAGGCCCGGGGAGGCCGGCUUCCAAAGCCUCUAAACGUAAGAAUCAGAACAUUGGCUACAAACUAGGCCACAGGAGGGCGCUGUUCGAAAAGAGGAAGAGACUUAGUGACUAUGCGCUCAUAUUCGGCAUGUUUGGCAUUGUUGUCAUGGUGAUUGAGACCGAGCUGUCCUGGGGUGUCUACAGUAAGAGCUCCAUGUAUUCACUGGCGUUGAAGUGUCUUAUCAGCCUUUCCACCGUCAUUCUUCUUGGACUAAUCAUCGCUUACCAUGCUCGAGAGGUGCAGCUCUUCGUCAUCGAUAACGGAGCGGACGACUGGCGGAUCGCCAUGACCAUGGAGCGAGUGCUGCUUAUCGCUCUGGAGCUGAUCGUUUCGGCUGUUCACCCGGUGCCGGGGGACUUCAAGUUCAUGUGGCGGGCGCGACUGGCCUUCUCCUACGCUCCCUCGCAGGCGGAGGCAGAUCUAGACAUGGUGCUGUCUGUACCCAUGUUCCUUAGACUCUACCUCAUCGCACGAGUCAUGCUGCUACAUAGCAAGCUCUUCACCGACGCCUCCUCCCGCAGCAUAGGGGCACUCAACAAGGUGCACUUUAACACACGGUUUGUGAUGAAGACACUGAUGACCAUAUGCCCGGGCACGGUGCUGCUGGUCUUCAGUAUCUCCCUGUGGAUCAUCGCUGCCUGGACCGUAAGAGUGUGUGAGAGAUACCAUGAUGCUCAGGAUGUGACCAGUAAUUUUUUGGGUGCAAUGUGGCUCAUCUCCAUCACCUUCCUCUCCAUUGGAUACGGAGACAUGGUGCCUCACACCUACUGUGGCAAGGGAGUGUGUCUGCUCACAGGAAUUAUGGGAGCAGGAUGCACUGCUUUGGUUGUUGCCGUGGUAGCCAGGAAGCUUGAAUUGACAAAAGCAGAGAAGCAUGUGCACAACUUUAUGAUGGACACACAGCUCACCAAACGGAUAAAGAACGCAGCGGCGAAUGUUCUACGAGAGACUUGGCUGAUAUACAAGCACACCAAGCUGAUGAAGAAAAUUGACCACUCCCGUGUACGCAAGCAUCAGAGGAAGUUUCUUCAAGCCAUUCACCAAUUACGAAGUGUUAAAAUGGAGCAGAGAAAACUCAGUGAUCAAGCCAAUACUCUGGUGGACUUAUCGAAGAUGCAGAGCGUCAUGUAUGAGCUGAUGUCUGAGCUGAACGACCGCAGUGAGGAUCUGGAGAGGCAGAUGUUAAGUCUGGAGCAGCGGGUGGAGCAGCUGACGGCCGGCUUUAACACUCUGCCCGCUCAUUUGUCGGCCACGCUCAGCGCCCAGCACGCUGCGCUCAUUCAACUGCUGCGUGAGCGUGAUGCCAAGGUCCUGAGCCCCACUGUGCCCUCUGUGCUCUCACCCACCGCUGCCAGCCUGCCUCUAGCCAACCCCCCCUCCGGCUCCGGCUCCGGCUUAGGCUCAGUCCCCGUCCCGACUCGGCCCACCGAGGACAGUCCCAACACCAGCAGCUCCAGCUGCUGAGACGCUGGUGCGAGACGUUCCCUCCGGGGUGGAGAGAUGGAUGAUUAGUUGAAACGAAGAGAUGACCAUACACACGCAUUUACAUACGAUGCACUGUAACUACAAGCAUUACGCAGCUUAACGCCACAGAAUAUACAGUAUCAUGAUGAAGGAGACGCUAACAUUUGCACAAAAACCCUAUGACGAAACUGCCAUAUUCCAUGUAGUCCAAAAGACGGACGUACUUUACUGUUACCAUGAAUGUAUACAUUUUAGAAGACACUGACUCAGACAUGUUAACAUGCAUGGACACUCACUCACACACACACACACACACACACACUUUUUCUGAUUCCGUCUUUGCUACCAAAGUGCUCUGUCUAUAGUUGACUGAAAUGGACUGAGGUAUUUAUCGCAAAGCAAGGAACUGGGGUGAUUGGUAUUAGAGAGAGUAUAAAUAAUCAACAGCUGAGAAUGUUAUGAAAUGUGGACAGCACAUUUUACAGUCUGCAAGAGACUAACAGCCAUUUGAGCAAAGCAUUAUUUCGAAGAGCGACGCUGAAGCCAGUCAAUACAUUAUAAAAACCACCCCAUCAAGGUGGAACAGCUGCUCACACGGAAUAACUGUAGAAUGAGUGAUUAUAGUCAUUUUCUUAGUGGAAUUGCUUCUAUUACAAUGGUGUUGGAAUAAGAGACUAUUUUACUUCUGACCCCGUUUCAAUGGAGAGACCAUUUUGAAAACUGACUAAUAGUGACAUCCUGUGGCCGGAAUACUGAAUUACAUCCGCUUGGAAUAUUGUACAGUAUGCUAUUACUGAAACUUAGCUUUGUAUCGCUCAGUUUUUUACCAUUAAUAAUUACUAACGCAGUUAUAGCUCAUAUUUAUUAUAAUUAUACGAUAGCAUUCUUCUCAUUCGUCAUGAAAAUUAUGAUUGCUGUAUAAAAAACGAUUUUAUUAAUAUUAAUUAUAGAUAAGGGAGGUGCCGUUUGAGGUUGAAAUUAUUUUGUAAUUUUAUUUUACCAGAGAGAAUUAAUAAAGUAUAUAUCUAUACAUGA